AUGGAGCCUUCCGUUUCCGCGCUUCCAGACAAGGAGCUCAAUAUCGAAGACCUCGAAUUGAUGAUGCAAUGGUGUACUACAACAUAUCGAUCCGUCUCUCGAAACAGCUCCGUCGAAAGUAUUUGGCAGGCCGUCGUUCCCCGGGAGGCAAUGCGCCAUCCGUUCCUGAUGCAUGGGAUUCUGGCGCUUUCCGCACUCCACCUCGCGGUUACCUGCGAUGGCGACUUAAAAGAGCAAUACAUUCGAACAUCAAAAGCGCAUCAAAAACAGGCCAUUCUCGGCCUGACGAAGAUAACAGGAAAGCUGAAGCAGCACCACUCGAGUGCCGUCUUUACACUGUCGAACAUUAUGAUGAUAUUUUCAUUCGCCCUUCCAGAGAUCAGAGGACAGACUCUAGGACAGAAUCCCGUGGACGAGCUUUACGGCGUCUUCGUAUCAACAAGAAAGUCGAGGGGCAUUCUAUCUGAUAUCACCGACUGGGUAGGGAACGGCGAGCUCAAGCCAUUGCUCCAGUACGACAAGGCGCAGCCAAAGAUGCCUGAUACCUCUCGGCUGGCGAUAAUGUCUCUGAACCAACUGAACGUAAACCUAGCGCGCCAGAGCCCUCAUCACGACAAGGAUCUCUACGACGCUACUAUCAAGCAUUUGAGUUGCUCGCUGGACAAGGUGUCAAGGGGCGGCGAAACCAUGAUUGUUGCCUUCCAGUGGAUCUUUCAAGUGCCAGAGAAGUACAUCGAGCUCUACCAACAGCGCGAACCCUUCGCUCUUGUGAUUCUCGCCCAUUAUGCCGUGAUCCUCCAUUUCCUACGGCGGCACUGGUGGAUGGGCGAAUGGGGCCUCCGACUGAUUCAGGAAAUCGGCCAACAUUUGGAUGCCAACUGGAGAAACUCCAUCACCUGGGUGCUUGAUGCCACUGGCUACUAUAUCCCUCCGGCGUGA